CAUGUCAAUAUUUGUUUGAAUUUUUUCAAAAUUAAAAUAAAAAAUUCUUUUUUAAAUUAUAUAUGCAUACGUAGUUCAGUUUAAAGAUAUUAUUUAUUAAUUUUACCUAGAGGUGUAAUUUAUCAUGGAUUCUGAAAAAAAUUAUAUACCUCAUUCACAGACUGGUGACAAGGAACAGGAUGAGAAAAUACUGCAACCAUUUACUUACAUUCUUCAAGUCCCAGGAAAACAAAUUAGAGGAAAAUUAGCUCAUGGUUUUAAUUUUUGGCUGAAGAUACCGAUGGAAAAACUUCAAGCUGUUGGAGACAUAACUCAAAUGCUACAUAAUUCUAGUCUAUUAAUUGAUGAUAUUCAAGACAAUUCCAUACUCCGACGAGGGAUACCUGUAGCUCAUUCGAUUUAUGGUGUUGCCAGUACAAUAAAUGCAGCUAACUAUGUACUAUUUAUUGCCUUAGAAAAGGUUCUUACUCUUAAUCGUCAUGAGGCAACUCAAGUAUAUACUGAACAACUUUUAGAACUACAUAGAGGUCAAGGAAUGGAAAUAUUUUGGAGAGAUAAUUUUAUAUGUCCUUCGGAAGCUGAAUAUAAAGCUAUGACUAUCCGCAAAACCGGAGGUUUAUUUAAUUUAGCUGUGCGGCUAAUGCAGAUUUUUUCUGAUUGUAAAGAAGACUUUACACCUUUAGCUGGAAUACUUGGUUUAUAUUUUCAAAUAAGAGACGAUUAUUGUAAUCUAAGCUUGCAAGAGUAUACGGAAAAUAAAAGUUAUUGUGAAGAUCUUUCGGAGGGAAAAUUCAGUUUUCCAAUAGUUCAUGCUAUCCAAACUAAAGCCGAUGAUGGUCAAGUUCUUAAUAUCUUACGCCAGAGAACAAAAAAUAUUGAGGUUAAGAGAUACUGCGUAAAUUUGCUUGACAAGUUUGGUUCAUUCAAAUACACCAGAGAAGUAUUAUCGGAUCUUGAUAGACAGGCAAGAAGCGAAAUUUCCAGACUAGGAGGUAAUCCUUUUUUGAUAUCGGUACUUGAUGAAUUGCUAACCUGGAGAAAUAAUGAUUGAUAUCAAGGUACACAAAGUUCUUUGAAAAAAAAUCAUGGAUUUUUUUUUAUGUAAUUUGA